UCUCCUCUCUCGUGCUAAGACCAGCAGCAAGAGCAGAAAAAUCUGACACCUGAAAUACACUCCAAGGGCCUGUGUUAGUUCUUUGAGUGCAAAAGCCCCAAUGAACCCUUAUUAGACCAGGAAACAGAUCACCCCUAGGAGUCUAAGCCAAGAAGUCAGGACCAGGCACUUGAACCCAAAAGAAGAAUGGGAGAGGGGGUUAGGACCCUGGUGGAGCAGGGGCGGGGCUUCAGAAUGAUUGCCCAGGAUACCCAGAGGCAGAGCCACAUGGACCGUUGAUGCUUAGCCGUUAGCGUGCUGUGGUAACAUCCGUUGAUCUUAGAAACCUAGUGUGGCUGGAUGGCAUGCUUUGGACUCUAUUGUGGGAAGACCCUAUUGUUUAAAAAUAGCUCAACUGAAAUCUAUGGAGAGUGUGGGGCCUGCCCAAGAGGACAGAGGACAAAUGACCAGAAGUACUGUCAGCCUUGCACGGACCCCCCGGAACUUUAUGACUGGCUUUACCUUGGCUUCAUGGCGAUGCUUCCUCUCGUUUCCCAUUGGCUCUGCAUUCAAUGGAACGCAAAGAAUAGUAAUUCCAGAGGUGUGUUUUUCCAGCAAGUCUCUGCGCUAUUAGAGUGCAGCAUGGCAGCUGUGGUCACAUUACUUGUGAGCGAUCCCAUCGGCACCCUUGUUAUCCACUCCUGUCGGGUGCUGAUGCUUUCAGAUUGGUACACGAUGCUCUACAAUCCAAGUCCAGAUUACAUCACCACCGUGCACUGCACUCAGGAAGCCGUGUACCCACUGUACACCAUCGUGUUUGUUUAUUACGCUUUCUGCUUAGUAUUGAUGAUGCUGCUUCGACCACUACUGGUGAAGAAGAUCCAGUGGCACCUAUACGUGUCAAACCAGCUGGAAAGCAUGUACGCCGCCCUCUACUUCUUCCCGGGUUUGACAGUGCUGCAAGCAGUUGCAGGAGGCCUUUUAUAUUAUGCCUUCCCAUACAUUGUGUUGGUGGCAUCUUUGGCUAAUCUGGCUGUAUACCUGGUUUUUGCCAAAGUAGAGAGCUACAGUGAUCUGAUAAAAAAGGACAGACUUCUGGUCCUCUUCAGCCAGUGGUUUCUUCAUGCCUAUGGCUUACUGGCACUCUCCAGGGGGCAGCAACUUGAGCAAGAUCUGCUCCUUUUAACUUUGGUGCCUGUCCCCACUCUUUUUUACUUUUUCACUAUUAAAUUUACCAAACCAUCACGGAUAAUCAUCGAAGGAACCAAAGAACACUGAAUAUAAAAUAGAAAGGAAACAACACUUAAGUAUUUCUAACCUUAAAAAGUAAAAAAAAAAUUUAAAUGU